GCGUGUGUGCGCGUGCGGACGCAGGUUAAACUGAGUUGUUUGGGCUGUUGCGGGGAGAGAGGAGUCGCCCAAGAGGGUUUCAGCGCACGGAGUCACUACCUGCUGUCCAUCCCCACUGCCGAGGCCCGGUCUGGUCAGCGUUGCACUAAUAAAACUCAGAGCGAUAACUACCCUCACACACGCAGCACCGUCUUCGUUAGCGUAGCCAGCCAAAAAUACAGGAACCAUGCCCGAAAGGAGGCCCUUCGUACGGUUACCGACUGACGUUUACCCCGUCAACUACGGCUUAUGCCUGAAGCCCGACCUGAUCGACUUCACUUUCGAGGGCAAGCUGGAGGCGCUGGUGGAGGUUACACAAGCCACAAAUCAGAUUGUGAUGAACUGUGCUGACAUCGACAUUAUCACGGCUUCCUUUGCACCACAGGGAGGAGAAGAAAUUAACGCUACAGGAUUCAACUAUCAAAACGAGGAUGAAAAAGUCACCCUGUCAUUUCCUAGCGCUCUACAGAAAGGCUCCGGCACAUUGAAGAUCGACUUUGUUGGUGAGCUGAACGACAAAAUGAAAGGAUUCUAUAGAAGUAAAUAUACAACCCCUGCUGGAGACAUCCGCUACGCUGCUGUCACACAGUUUGAGGCCACGGACGCUCGCAGAGCUUUCCCCUGUUGGGACGAGCCAGCUAUCAAAGCCACCUUUGACAUCACUCUGAUAGUUCCCAAGGACCGAGUAGCCUUGUCAAAUAUGAAUGUCAUUGAUCGAAAGCCAUAUCCAGAGGACGAGAACCUCGUUGAAGUGAAGUUUGCCACCACCCCCAUCAUGUCCACAUACCUUGUAGCUUUUGUCAUUGGUGAAUAUGACUAUGUGGAGAGCCAGUCAUCAGAUGGUGUAACGGUACGCGUGUACACACCCGUGGGGAAGGCAGAACAAGGGAAAUUUGCACUGGAGGUUGCAACCAAGACCUUACCUUUCUAUAAAGACUACUUCAGUGUUCCUUAUCCGUUGCCUAAAAUUGAUCUCAUAGCUAUUGCUGAUUUUGCUGCUGGUGCCAUGGAAAACUGGGGCCUUGUUACCUACAGGGAGACAGCACUGCUAAUCGACCCGAAGAACUCCUGCUCGUCCUCCAGGCAGUGGGUGGCACUGGUGGUUGGACACGAACUCGCCCACCAGUGGUUUGGAAACUUGGUCACCAUGGAAUGGUGGACCCAUCUGUGGCUUAAUGAGGGAUUCGCAUCCUGGAUCGAGUAUCUUUGUGUGGACCACUGCUUCCCGGAGUACGACAUCUGGACUCAGUUUGUCUCAGCCGACUAUACCCGCGCUCUGGACCUGGACGCGCUGGACAGCAGCCAUCCCAUAGAGGUGAACGUGGGCCAUCCAUCAGAGGUAGAUGAAAUCUUUGACGCCAUCUCCUACAGCAAAGGAGCGUCUGUGAUCCGCAUGUUGCACAACUACAUAGGAGACGAGGACUUUAGGAAAGGAAUGAAUGCCUAUCUUUUGAAGUUCCAACAUAAAAAUGCAUCAACAGAGGACCUAUGGGACUGUCUGGAACAGGCCAGUGGGAAACCCAUCGCUGCAGUGAUGGGCUCGUGGACCAAGCAGAUGGGCUUCCCGAUCAUUGUAGUGGACCAGGAACAGCAAGGUGACGACCGCAUUCUCAAGUUAUCUCAGAAGAAGUUCUGUGCCAGUGGACCGCAUAAUGGUGAGGAUUGCCCCAAUUGGAUGGUCCCCAUUAGUAUUUGUACCAGCGAGGACCCUAAAUGCACCAAGCUCAAGGUUCUGCUGGACAGACCGGAGACAACUAUCACUCUGAGUGGUGUUGCUUCAGACCAGUGGAUCAAGAUCAACCCCGGCACUGUGGGCUUCUAUCGCAUUCAGUACAGUUCGUCCAUGCUGGAGAGUCUGCUUCCGGGCAUCAGAGACCUCAGCCUGGAGCCUGUGGACCGGCUCGGCCUGCAGAACGACCUGUUCUCCCUGUCUCGUGCAGGGAUGAUCAGCACGGUCGAGGUGCUGAAGCUGAUGGAGGCGUUCGUCAACGAGCCAAACUACACGGUGUGGAGCGACCUCAGCUGCAACCUGGGAGUGCUGUCAUCGCUUCUGUCCCACACCGACUUCCACGAGGACAUCCAGGAGUUCAUCCGGGACCUCUUCACCCCCGUCGGCCUCGAGCUCGGCUGGGACAGCAAACCAGGAGAAGGUCACCUGGACGCCCUGUUGAGAGGCCUGGUUCUGGGGAAGCUCGGAAAGGCGGGACACAAACCCACACUGGAGGAGGCCAGACGGAGAUUCAAGGACCAUGUGGAGGGCAAGCUGGUCCUGCCUGCAGACCUCAGGAGCCCCGUGUAUUUAACAGUGCUGAAGCAUGGAGACAGUGCCACAUUGGACACCAUGCUGAAGCUCCACAAACAAGCUGACAUGCAGGAGGAGAAGAAUCGUAUCGAGCGAGUGCUGGGCGCCAUCUCCGCCCCCGACCUCAUUCAGAAAGUCCUCAACUUCGCCCUCUCGGAAGAUGUCCGUCCCCAGGACACGGUGUCGGUAAUCGGGGGCGUGGCAGGGAGCAGCAAACAAGGCCGGAAAGCUGCCUGGAAGUUUGUCAAGGACAACUGGGAGGAACUUUACAACCGCUACCAGGGCGGCUUCCUCAUAUCACGGCUCAUCAAGCUCACGGUCGAUGGAUUCGCUAUUGACAAAAUGGCUACUGAAGUGAAGAGUUUCUUUGAGAGUCACCCGGCGCCGGCGGCCGAGCGCACGGUGCAGCAGUGCUGCGAGAACAUUCUCCUCAACGCCGCCUGGCUGAAGCGCGACGCGGACGACAUCCACCAGUAUCUACUGCAGCGCAAAGCGCCCCCCGUCUGAGCCGGGCCCCCCCCUCAGCCGCCUCC